AUGGCAGCUCUCAGUCAGUACGAAGAACGGAACUGGAUGCUAAGUUUAGCAGGGCUGUAGCCUAGUUUGUGAUUACUUUUACAUUGUGGCAGAAUCUUGGAAUGAAGUGCAUUAUCUUCUGCAUGUUUUGAAAUCAUAAACAGGAUCAACAUGGUCAUGUAGAGUGUGCUUCAAACAGAGGACCAAGAUGAUACUCUCUCGAAAAAAGGACUCCUCCAAACCGUUGACGUCAGAGGGCAUAGCAGGCAAAUACACCAAGCGAGAGUCGUCUCCCAUUCUGCAGAGCUACAUGUCCCCUGUGGUACGCCAUGGCCCGUCCACAAGCCGUCGCCAAACCCCUCCAAGCUCCAUGCAACACUCGGGGGCAUCGUCACACGACGCACCGGUUCCUGGUGCUGGGCGGUACAGCCGAUCACCCCAUUCGUCUGCGCAGAGUCUGACCUCUUCGGCCGAAGAUACCGGUGUUUCAUCCUACAGCAGUCGGUACACAUCUUCAGUGGCCUCACUGCCGUCACGUGGCCAGUAUGUGCAAGACGUGGCGCCGGUCAGCUCGUCCGUGGGAAAUUUGAGACACCCUCCCCUUCCGAGUGUUAAUUUGGCCCAUCCCCUCCCCCCAGGAUGGACAGUUGAUCGGACAAUGAGAGGACGCAUCUAUUUCAUUGAUCACAAUACCCAGACAACUCACUGGAGCCAUCCGAUGGAGAAGGAAGGAUUGCCGGCCGGCUGGGAAAAAGUGGAGUCACCGGAGCAUGGUGUUUACUAUAUCAAUCACAUUUCUAAGAUGGCCCAGUACCACCAUCCCUGUGCAAGAAACAUACCCCGCUAUGAGCCGCCCCCUCCUGCCCCCAAGCAGUUACCCAUUACGCACCCCCACAGGGGUGGGGGUGGCCACCCCCAUGCACCUGGUGCUGAUGAGCACCCAGGGGGCCAACAUGUGUGGGUGCCUGCGAACCCGUACCUCUAUGCUCAAAUUCCCGACUGGCUGGAGGUGUACUACAAGGCCUCCCCCAAGCACGAUCACAAGCUGAAAUGGGAGCUGUUCCGGCUGCACGAACUGGACGCCUUCCAGGGCAUGCUGUCCCGCCUCUGCAAGCGGGACCUUGAGGAGGUGGUGAUGGACUAUGAGGCGUACCGGUUCGCCCUGCUGCGGGAGAUGGACCAGCGCCUGGUGCGCUCCAAGAAGAUGCAACAGCAGGCCCUGCAGCAGCCCAGCCCGGAGACCAAAGUGUGAGACUUCAGCCCAGCAGUGGCGGCCAGCAGGUUGAGCGGUCGGCAGGGUGAAGGUUUUGAAUUCUUACUCAUUUGUACACUUGCUGGACAUUAUUUGUUUCGCAGGGCAAAUUCAAUCGACGACUGUAGUUAACUAUAGUUUGACUAACAAUGCCUGAACAAUGGAUGGUUUGGAAUAUUUGGCCCUAGGGCAUGGUCGCAUCGCUGGUUAUCAAUAGCUGAUUUCAUUUAUCAUUACAGAAGGAACUAUUCUCAUGAAUAUAACUGUACAAGAUUUCAGUGACCAUGUACGCUACGAGAAUCAUGGCCGACCGUGAAAUGAGAGUAACAGGCCAAAAUAAAUAGGCUGAAAAGGGUCGUUCAAGUGUAACUGAAUUGCACAUAUGCACAUUGUCAAAAAGCAUCUGACUAUGGGUUUAACUAUAGUUCGUACUCAAACUUGCCCUUAGUUGUGGGGACUGCACUGGUGUAUCCAGGUCUGGGAUCUGGGGCUGAAUAGUAGUUGCAAAGUGCAAAUUUACCACUAAAAAGGUUCCGCAAUCUGCACUCCGUGUGACUGCACCCAAGAUAUUGGCAGAUUGCUGGUGCUAGAGGUUAGUAUCCUUGAAAGAAACCUCACCUCCAUGGCAGUGCAGUUUCUUGGUUAGAUUUUGUUCUCAAGACAGUGUUAUCCCCCAGAAAUUUUAUUAUUUUGGGAAGAUUUUCACGUGUUUUUGCAAACAGUCAUUAAUUGUGGAUGUUUAGUCAGUCAUGGACCCUAGUUGCCCUGUAUGAUUUAACGUCCACGAUUUGAAUGUGUAUACAUACAUGCACACACCCACACUUUUAACACCUCACAGGAUUAGUGUGGACUCUCAUUUGUUUAUGUGUAGUUGAGGAAAAACUCCACUCUCCCACACUGAACGCUAACUCAAGCUAAAUUCUUGAUGAUGAAGAGUUGAUGGACAUAAUGAACCAAAGAGAUUUGCAUCUUGCAGAUCUGGGUGGUGUAGUAUGGACUUGCACACCUCCACAGAAAUGUUUCCCACCUGCUGAGAAAUGGUUUUGGUGGAUGUUUGGGUUGAGGGUUAUGAGUCACAAAAUGGAGAGGAAUAUCCAAGGGCAUCAAAGUCACAAAUAGAGGCUGAUAGAUUGUUCACAGUGUGAAAGUGGUCGCAGAUUUUUCAUUGUGAAAUCGAGGAAGUCUCCACCAAGUGGGAACAAAUUUGACAAGAGAUGUUGUGUUUCCUCACCUGUUGGGCAUUUUUAGGCCCCACUUUUAGCACAAGUUUGUGCCAGGUUUCUGGAAUCACGAGACCUUGCAGACUUGAGCUUUCAGACCUGCGAGCCGUAUCUCCAUCCAUUUGAAAUGUCUCUUGGGGAAAAUCUUAAAUAUGGCUUGUGGAGAAGAGCCUAAAUGUGCUUUCAAAAACAAAUUGUGCAAGAGCUGUUUUUGGUGCAGGUGUACACAAAGCUUGUGUAUGCUUCACUUUGGGACAUGUUUGUGCAAAGUCAGUGUCAAAUGAACCUCAAGAAAAAUGAACUUGCAUGGGAAGUAGUGAGAUGUACAUGUAAUCGACCCUUGACCUGAUCUGCUGUGAUCAUCCAAGCCAUGUCAUGGUUUGCCUGAUAAGGGGAAUGCCCUGUGCUUCUACAUAACAAUUUACUGUAGUAGUAACUAUGAAGUUGAACCCUACCACAGUUGAAUUAUUAAAUCAUGAACAUUGUAAGCUUUGAUUUUUUUGGGGGUGGUGGAAUUUUUGGAAGUGCACUAUUUAUGUACGAUAAGAUAAAAAACAUAGUAUUUAACAGAACAGGGUACACGCAUGUUUAACAGUUUUGUUAUAGUAACUAAGUUGUUUUCCCAUGUGAUAAAAAACCUCACAAUUCUUAACUUUUUAAAACUGAUGAGAUACAGAAUAUCGUCAAGUUUUGGAAAGUGUUAGUGCAAAGGAAUUUCAGCUAACACCGACACAUCUUAAUUGAAGAAACCCAUGUAAACUGAAUUUAUAAUUUAAAAGAAAAUGGGAUAGAUCUAUGUAUAUGAAUUAUGUUCCAUUGGUAAAACCCUGUCUAAAGAUCACUUUUUGACACAGGUAAUAUGAUAGAGUAUUCACAAAGUACCAAAAAAAAAACCACCUUGAUGGGCCAAUAGAGUACCGAAGUAAAUACGUCACGCACACAAUUAGUGUG